AUGAAUUCAUCUGAUGGUAAGGUUGAAUUCUAUACAUAUCUAAGCUUUCUCAUGCAUCAUCAGGCCUUUUAAUGUCAAUUCGUUUAUUUAAGUUCAUCGGUUGAACACAUUUAGGCAUUAACUUGCAAUAACGAAAAUGUCUGCCGCCCAAACUCGAAUUCGCAGAGGAGAAGAUUGCAACUUUUUGUGUGAUAGUUAAUUCAUAUGAGAUUUUCAAUGGAUUUUGAUUUAGGAUGUGAAGCCUAGUUUCGCGUGGCGGUAAGUAAUACAAACAGAGUGUGAGGCACAUGCUGUCACAGAUUUCCAUAAAUAUUUCAUACAUUUUACUAAGCUAUACCCUCUUUGCUUGAUCAUAGAGUCGUUUAAUUUUCGACUUUGAUAGCAGUCCUGUUUGCUUUGUGUGUAAUGUAUAUCUGUCAUUUCGUCGUCUUUCAUCCCGCUUAAACGUUUCGGUGAAAGAAUAAUCUGUUUUUAGUUUAAAUCUGCUUUCAGCCCUGGAAUUAGCAUAGCCUGUUCAAGGCUCCGAUUAAAACGCGCCCCCUUUCCCAAGUCGCUCGCGCGCGUCUUUUUUUCGCUUUCCCCCGUUUUAAUACGUCCCCACUAUACUAUCUGAGAGCCUGGCACACGCUAGAACUAGCACGGAAGGCAAAUUUGAAAAAUUAUGUUUAAUCCAAAGAUAACAUUUUCUGCAAUGCCUGUUUCCCCGAUAAAAUAACGUUUUUAAAUUGGGGACUGCUUCAUCUUCCCCGUACAACACAAGGUUAUGUUUUCCAGCUUUUCUGACUCUCUCAUUUGCAGUGUAACUGAGUAUAAAGGAACUUAUAAAUUUUUAAUGCUAUAUCUAGUGACUUCAGUGACUUCUGACCAGUAUGUAGGGCUGUAUCUUAAGUGUACACGCCAAAGGGUAAGUUCUUAGGUCAAGAAAGCCGAUUAGAAAAACGUACGGUAAAAUUAAGCCAAGGUUUAAAGACGCCUUUCUCUUUGAAACAUAAUUCUUGCUUAAUUUUUUUAAUGAUUGUGAAAAUUGUUAGAUUAUUUUUUAAAUCGUCAACGAUUUUCAUCUGUAAAUAAAUGCACGUUUUUAAAAAAGAAAAGGCUUUGCAAUGGAUUCCAAAGUUGAUAUUGAUCUAGCAAGGUUUUUCUGAUACCCUUAACAUGAUCUUUUCUUCAAAAAUUUCGCCUUCAAGAGUGAAAUUCUGAACACCAAUGCAAAGGGGAGUCAAUCUGUAUUUCUUCUCUCCAAUUAAGUACUUUUGAUCUGUGAGGAGCAAUUUAUGGAUUUACAGGUUCUUAAAGACACCUUAAACUCUUGAAAUUGGAUUAAGGUUUUUCUACAAUUCGAAACAUUUACAAGGUCGUCGUCAUUACGAAAACAAAAAUAUGCCCCACGCAAAUUAAUAACCGCCUGUCAGUGUAGUGUCUGCUAAAUAACGAACUCAGAUAUGAUAAAGCAAAUUAUAUUAUAAUAGCCUUAUUAUAACACCGUACGUGAUUCAUUUGGUCAAUACUGGGCUAUGCCGUGAAAAAAGAUAAAAAAUAAAUAAUUAAUUGAUAGUUAGUCGGAAAUAGGCUGCAACUGAAUGAAAUAAUCAUUGAAUACACUCUUUUAUUUUUUCGAUAAGAAUAUAUUUUAUAAGAAUAUCGAGGCUAAAGAUUUGCGAAAUUUUAAGAAUAGAUUAAGAAUAAACCCCAGGCUGAGCCGUUUGAAAAGGGUGUAAUUUUGUGUUUUCAAAAACUUAAAUACAGUACAAUUAUAUGUUUUCAACUUAUUCCAUUCUCUAAACGGCAAAACUUGCCAACAAAACGAAAAAACCUGCAAUUACUAUAAUCACCCCAUUAUAUUCUAAAACGGAAAUGUUAUAAUUAAGCUAUAAUUUAAGAAUGAUACAACAAUAUUUUCAGCCUUAAAUCGGCAGAAAAAUAAGAAUAUUCAGCCUAACUGGAAAAACAACGUUCUUAUAAAAAAAAAAGAGUGUAGAGACAAAACAUGGAGAUAUCUUCAAAAUCCAUCCCAUGGGUCUGUGAACAAAAUUCUAUAGUGUGACCAUUAUAUAAGAGUCUCAAUAGGGUUAACCCUCAGUCGUCAAACGGCCUAAGAUUUAACCGUCACAAAAGGUUAUUUUUUACCGUCAGCCGUCAAAAAUGCACAGUAAUAUUAACCGUCAACGGGUGAGGUAUUUCAAAUCUCACUAUUUCAGCUGAUCUUCCACGACGGACUUCUGGCUCCAGAAGAAUCUUUGAAGUGGAAAAACCACGGGCCAAGUUCUCAAAAAUAGGCUCUCUGAACAUUUCGGCCCGGGUCGCGCAAGAGCGAAUUUUUUUUAACUUCAACAGUUUUGGCGAUAAAAUUGCUGGAGAAAAGAAAAAGGUUCCAAAUUUUAACACGGGUCGCAUUAUACGAAAUUUGCAUUUUCCAAAACUCCAAUGACUGACAUAUAUAUCAUACAAGAAUAGCUACUUGAAAGCAUCACGUAGGAGUAGAAGGCCGCCACUGAUCAAUUAUUUUCUUCGACCUUUUCUUGACUGAAUUUCCUUUUUUUCGCAACAAAAUGCCAUAGCAGUUCUGGUAAUAGUUAUAGUUAAUUAGUUAGACUAUUAACACGCCUUUAUGUAGUUGGCUGCAGCUUUCAGGAGUGGCAGAUCGCUUGAAUCGACGGCGAUUACGAAAUUGUCCGUGGUCUUCGACUUAACAUAACACGACUCAUUGAUACAAUGCUGCUAAUAAAGUCGGUUUGAAUUUAUUGGAGGAUAGGAUGCAAAGUUCGUGGCACAUCGAAAUAAUUGCUAGCGAGACGGAGGACCGAGGGCGUAGGAAAAAAAAUCAUUUGCCGUGGCAAUUUUCAAUUACACGGCUGAGGUAAAUGACAACUUAAUGUUUAAAGAAACAAAAUUGUCGAUUAUGCCAAAAUUUGGUAGCGUCCGAGGCAACACUUCGACUUCUUUGAACAUUGGCUGAAUUUUGGCAAUCGGGAAAAAAUUGGAUAUAAUUUUUAAUGCGGGGUCGCACUUAUUUUUCGUCAUGUGUUGACAGAUCCGGCAGGUGCUUCAAUAAACAAAAUUCGCUCCUGUGCGACCCGGGCCUUCUCCACACUGAUCUCAUGGCCGUACAUUUGCUUAAAGAAUUAGAUGAGAAAAUUCGUUUUAUAAUCAAAGCAUUUUUUUUCUUAUGUGAUCAUUUUGAUAUAUUUCUCGUAACCUUUUCGGCUCUUGAUAAUGUUUUAAUAUCUAGGAGAACGAUAUCAAUAUGCAUGUGUUUUAUGCGGACUCGUGGUGACAACUUAUUAUCAUGGUUACCUUUUAUUGAAAUAACUAUGAAAAAAAUUUCUCUGUUAGAUUUUUAUAAAUUGUUAGCAACAAGCAAAAUUAUAUUCACAGCUGUAUGUAAAACAAGUUCCUGUUUAUUUUGUUUUCAGUUUUGUCUAUUUUCUGGUAUAAGCAUAAAUUGGGAAACUCAUGUCAACUGAGCCAAUCAGAUUCCAUCAUUUCUUGCCUGAUACUCCUGAUAAACGAAUAUAUGAUCUCAACCAAAUGUUAUCUUGGAUUAAUGUCGUUGGUGAUUUUUCGUUCACAUUGGUUUGAGUCAAAUUACUUAUCUCUAUUUUUGACCCAAUAACCAGGUUACAAUUAAUUUAUUACGUGUCGUGCAGGGUUUCAAAAUGUUUUUAAAGAUGUAAGAGACUGGAGACUAACUUAGUGGGGCAGGAACGCGUGACGAACCCCCAAGAAUGUCUGCGUGGGAAGCUUAUAAUGAGAUAGAGUAAGGACCAAGUCGUGCUACACGGCAGUAGCUCGAUUUGGUUUCAAACGUCGUGCUACCGCCGUGCCGAACUCAAUUUAUAAAUUAUAAAUACAUUAGAAUAUACUUAAAUACUUAAAAGUUUGCUAAACCGUUUCUUUAUUUUUUGUGUUUUGGUUUUGGCAACAGCCGUGCCAUUCGACUGUCAUUGUGUGAAUUAAAUUCGACGUCUGAAACCAAGUCGUGCUAGUGUCGUCGUGCUGCAGUCGAGCUACAGUCGAACCAGCUUAGCACGGCAGUAGCACGACGUUUGAAACAGGCCUUAGGCGGAUUUUCUUGUUGCUAAUGACUUCUUUAGUUUUAAUUAUGCGCAGACUCGACUUUUGUAGACUUAGCUAUAGUUGUUUGAGGCCUUUUGCAGUUAAAUUUCAGUUGUUACCUCUUAUGAUCUGUCGCCCUUAAACUUUGCAAUUGGCCAAAGCUAAUUAUUACUAAAUGUAGCCUUUUCUACUUGGACACCAAUGGGAUCUGCUGUUUUGUGUCAAUUUACCACCAUUACGCGGUUUUUGAAUUAUCACGAACAUUUGCAAUAUGUAGAAAUAGAUGUCAUACACAUUUAUUAUUAAUGAUCAAAUCGCUCGACUGAACAACCUGAGUUUGUUGUAAAGGCUUAUAAUUCACCUUUUGCCACAUUUGUACCGUAUAUUAAACUUUAUUAUACACUGUUUAUACAACGAAUUUAAAACAUCUUGGAUUAGUUAAUGAAACUUUUCGCUUUCUUGAUUCACCGACUCUGGUCACGUGCCAUUGAUAACAAUUUGUUUUGUUUAAUUGAGUCUGUUCUGUUUUUGUUCUGGAAUGAGUGCAAGUAACGUGCAUGCAUUAUUUUUAUCCAAUUCCUGAAUGACGGCGACGUGAAAAGGGACGUCUGUCGGUAAAACAGUCAGUCCCUGAGUCUUGUGUACAAAUUAUCAUCGCCUUGUCUACGGUCAAUCAUGAAUUUUUCCUAUGGUAAGUAGUUCACCUUUUAAAAAUAGGUUAUUUGAUCAACUGUUUCGGACUGAAAUGACACGUCAUUAGCAAAUGGUUCAGUGCAAGCUAAAACUGACAUCGUAGCGUAAGGACUUACCUACUGUUUCGCGCUCUUCUGAUUUGAUUUAGACGACGGUUGAAAUCUGCUUAUGAAGGAGAGCAAUGCAGAAUUCGCCUUUACUUAAUCCUAGGCUCUCUGUUGUGAAGUUAUUUUCCAUCAGAUUAACAGAAAGCUCAAAAGUAUACUUUUCACUAUUUUGACGCAUGCAAUCAAGUCACUUUUAAUUUUAAUUCCAUGUGGGCACUUUUCUAUCUAUCUAAUCAGUCGUCCGUUUUGUUUUACUCAUGUCGAAACCCAAGAUGGCGGAUCUAAUUGGCGGCUGUCUAGAAUCAAGAUGUAACUUACGGUCCUGUGCGCAAUUUCGUCAGAGCACCAAAAAGUCCCGUAUGAGGGCCGGACGCCUCAAGAAAAACGCGUGAGGCCCUGAGGGCGAAACGAGGAAAAUGCUGCCAUGAACGCGUUUUUGCUUCGUCAGAAAAUGUCAAAAACACAACGGUCAUAUGAUAAAAUGCUUAUUGACUGAGUUAGGUCGGGCCGGACGGGAAGAUUAAUAAUUCUCUAUUGUUUUAAACAGAUAAUACAACUGUGGCGCCUUCUACCAGCCUAUCAACUUCACACACCGUGAUCAUCACAGUGCUUUAUUCCCUGACACUCAUUGGGGCCGUGACAGGAAAUUUGCUUUUAAUUUUUAUCAUCGUUAAAAGGCGUGAGACAAGGACGUUAACUGGCUUCCUGUUCGUCAACAUGGCUGUCGCUGACCUCAUAGUGGCGUUUUUUGUCCUGCCUGCUACCAUGGCAAAUCCUUAUACCAGAUCAAAGUGGUUGACUGGUCUCUUUGGAGACAUCACAUGCAGAGGAGUUUAUUUUGUCUUUCAUGUUACCAUUGCUGCGUCUAUUUUAAGUUUGAUGUUUAUGGCGAUAGAUCGCUACUUGGCUGUGCUAUUUCCUUUGCGAAAUUUCACCACAUUUCGACGUCCCAAACUCCUAACUCUUGUCAUUUGGCUGGUGUCUGUGAUAGCCAUGGUCCCGGCAGCCGUUCUGUGGACCGUGGAUAGUGGAUUUUGUGUAGCAGUGUUUACCGUGUUUGGAACCGACAAAAUGCAAGGUAUGCGUGGAUACUACCUGUACCUUUUUCUGUUGUUCUACCUAACUCCGCUCUCGGUGAUAUCUGUGCUUUAUGGCCGUGUUUGCUUCAGAUUGUGGCGCCGACAGAUGCCUGGAUUGGUAACUUCAGAAACCGAGCGACGCAGAGGGGCAACAAAACGAAAAGUGGUGCGCACUCUUAUCAUAAUCACCGCUGUCUUCGCUGUUUGCUGGCUCCCAACUCAAGCAUAUCAUCUCAUUUUUGGAUUUCACUUUGGACUUCAUGAACAGUUACCUGAAAUUGUAAUGUACAUGUGUUUUUGGCUUGGGCAUACCAAUAGCGCUUUUAACCCAUGGCUUUACAUGCUUUUAACGGAUAAAUUCCGCAGGGCCCUGCGAGAUUUCAUUCAUUGUAAAUUUUCCAGUUUGGGUCUCAGGCCAGAGACGUCGGUAAAGUACACCCAGUAUACUUCUGUCAGGGAUAACAGCCUUGUGAAACGACCUCUUUCAACGACUCGUUUGCGUGGCAAUGGCCUACUUAAAGCCAGGGACGAGGAGGAAACUCCUAUAUGA